AUGAAGCUCGACGUGAACGCCCUCCGCUACCUCUCCAAGGAUGACUUCCGCGUCCUCACCGCCUGCGAGAUGGGCAUGCCGCAGCACGAGAUCGUGCCCGCGGAGCUCGUCGACCGCAUCGCCGGAUUGAAGCAUGGAGGCACAUAUAAAGUGCUGCGGAAUCUGUUGAAGAACAAACUGGUGCACCAUGAUUGUAAAAAGUAUGAUGGGUUUCGGCUCACAUACCUUGGGUAUGACUUCCUCGCCAUAAAAACUUUGGUCAAUCGUGGAGUCUUUGCUUCGGUUGGUCGCCAAAUCGGUGUUGGAAAAGAGUCAGAUAUAUUUGAGGUUGCCACGGAGGAUGGAACAGUGUUGGCCAUGAAGCUUCAUAGGUUGGGUAGGACAUCUUUUAGGGCUGUCAAAUCAAAGCGUGACUAUUUAGCCCACCGGAGGAGCUUUAACUGGCUGUACUUAUCACGACUGGCGGCCCUCAAGGAAUUUGCUUUUAUGAAGGCUUUAGGAGACCAUGGAUUCCCUGUUCCCACAGCGGUGGACUGCAAUCGGCACUGUGUGAUUAUGUCACUUGUGCCGGGAUAUCCACUUGUUCAGAUAAGAGAAUUGCAAAAUCCAGAUGAUGUUUUUGACAAAAUUCUUGGUCUUGUAAUUCGUUUGGCGGAGCAUGGGCUUAUACAUUGUGAUUUUAAUGAAUUCAAUAUCAUGAUUGACGAUGAUGAAACUGUUACGAUGAUUGACUUCCCACAGAUGGUAUCUGUUUCGCACCGGAAUGCCCAGAUGUAUUUUGAUCGAGAUAUUGGGUGUAUCUACAAGUUCUUCAACAAAAGGUUCAAUCUUACAGAGAAAGGUGGACAACAUGGCUCUGAAACUGAUGAUGAUGACAGUGGCAGGCCGUCCUUUCUGUCCAUUCAAAAGUCUUCUGGUGCCUUGGACAAAGAACUAGCUGCCAGUGGCUUCACCAAAAAAGAGCAAGUUGAGAUAGAAAAGUUCAUUGAUGAGAAUGCUGAAGAACACGAUUCCGGCUCAGAUGAUGAGGAUUCAACAUCAGAACAGGAAAGUGAAGGUGGCGAUGCCGUGUCUGCUGAAAUCAGUUCCUUGAAAAUAGUAGACCAGGACCCUGCAGGUGUGCCUGAUCUUGUUGUCAUGGAUUCAGAUAAACAUGAAGCUUUAUCUAAAGAGCAUGCAACAAGCACAAGUCCCAGUGGCGAGAACAAAUCAACUGAUCCAACCGACGAUGGCAUCGAGGACCCUAAGGGAGCCGAAUCAGGAGGCGACGACGACGAUGACAACUCGUCUGAGGAUACUGAGGAUGAAGACGAUGCAUUGCUGACAAAGCAGCUGAACAAGCAAAGGAAAAGGGCGAUGGCAGCUGCCCUCGGUCGGAGAAGGCCCCUCAACUCGAGGAACGCUUACAAGGAUAAGGGGAAGGGCACCAUGAACUCUAAGAUCCAGAGGCAAGCCUGCCAAUGGUGA